CCGACAACCCUCCCGCCCACGCGGAGUCAACCGCCUCCGACCGCGGCUCCAUCCGGCUUCCCCGUGCCGACAAUGGCGCCGGCCUUGGGACGAGAGGAAGCGCGAGAGCUGAAACUCACCGAGUAAUGAUGCGGGUGUGCUGGCUGGUGAGACAGGAUAGCCGGCACCAGCGAAUCAGACUUCCACAUUUGGAGGCAGUGGUGGUUGGGCGUGGCCCAGAGACCAAGAUCAUUGACAAGAAAUGUUCUCGACAGCAAGUACAGUUGAAAGCAGAGUGUAACAAAGGAUAUGUCAAGGUAAAGCAGGUAGGGGUCAAUCCCACCAGCAUUGAUUCAGUCAAAAUUGGGAAGGACCAAGAGGUGAAGCUGCAGCCUGGCCAGGUUCUCCACAUGGUGAAUGAACUUUAUCCAUAUAUUGUAGAGUUUGAGGAAGAGGCAGAGAGCCCUGGCCUGGAAACACACAGGAAGAGAAAGAGGUCAGGCAACAAUGAUUCUAUAGAAAGGGGUGCUGCCCAGGAAGCUGACUCCCAUACAGGACUGGAACCUGGGAGUGACCCUGGCCAAUGCUCUGUGCCCUCAAAGAAGGAGAAAGAUGCGUCUACCAAAAAGGAAUCAUUGGGCCACUGGAGUCAAGGCUUAAAAAUUUCUAUGCAGGAUCCCAAAAUGCAGGUUUACAAAGAUGAGCAGGUAGUGGUGAUUAAGGAUAAAUACCCCAAGGCUCGUCACCACUGGCUGGUCUUACCAUGGGCUUCCAUUUCCAGUCUGAAGGCUGUGACCAGGGAACAUCUUGAGCUCCUUAAACACAUGCACACUGUGGGGGAAAAGAUGAUUACAGAUUUCGCUGGGUCCAGCAAACUCCGCUUCCGAUUGGGUUACCAUGCCAUUCCCAGCAUGAGCCAUGUACAUCUUCAUGUGAUCAGCCAGGAUUUUGAUUCUCCUUGCCUCAAAAACAAAAAACAUUGGAAUUCUUUCAAUACAGAAUACUUCAUAGAAUCGCAAGCUGUGAUAGAGAUGGUACAGACCGCUGGCAGAGUGAGUGUCCGAGAUGGGAUGCCUGAGCUCUUGAAGCUGCCCCUCCGUUGUCACGAGUGCCAGCAGCUGCUGCCUUCCAUUCCUCAGCUGAAAGAGCAUCUCAGGAGACACUGGCCAAAGUGAUUCUGUGGAGCCUGAACUUUUGCAGCAGGAUAAGGGGAACUCCUUCUUAUACAAAUCCAACUCCUCACCUUGACCACAAGUCCAAGAUGGAAGCAUCUGUGUUCUGGGCAGGAGGAUGGAAGAGAAGGUGAAGAAGGGGAUCAAGGAUUCACACAUACUCUUUGAGGAAGUUUCCUGGAAUCUCCUCCAUGAUUCUUCUUUUUGUAUUACCAUGGCCAGAAUUCAGCCACAAGCCAAAGGUGACCAAGCUUUAAGGGCAGCUUGAGAUAUAACCUUUAUUUUUGGCAAAUCCAUGCUCAACUAAAAUUUUUAUUAUUACAGAAGCAGCAUAGAAUGUAAAUUAGAGACAUUGAACAGUGUCUACCAGUAUUCCUUUGCACAUGAAAAAAAAUUAAGUUCCCUCACUCUUUUUUCUUUUUACUUAUAUUGCAAAUAUUUUGCAAAUAUUACCUUUUAAUUUUAUAAUCUUUAAUUUUUUUAUCCUCUCAUCAUACAGAAGAGGGAACAUGAAGGGGGGAGAAGGGCAGAGGCAGAGAGAGGAAAUCCCCAGCAGGCUCCAUGCUCAGCACAGAGCCCAAUGUGGGCUUGAUGCGGAACUUGAUCCCAUGACCCUGGGACCAUGACCCAAGCCAAAAUCAAGAGUGGGACCCUCAACCGACUGAGCCACCCAGAGGCAGUUGCAUGUUGGCAUUUCUACUAAUGGCCCUAUGCCAUCCGAUGGGAGACAGCAUAGCCUAGAGACUGAGAAUGGGAACUCCUGAGUCCGAACACUUGGAUCUGAAUGCUGGCUCUACCAACCAGGGGAAAGGUUAGAUAUGUGGCCUCUGGAUUCCUGAUGAUGGACAAAUAUUCACACAUGCUGUCUACUGCUGGCAAAAUAACCCAGUGAAACUGAACAUCCAAGUAAUGAAAAUGCUAAAGAAAAAUGCCAGGAACAGAUUGCCAAGAGAUGGAGGCUGUCUUCUCUGAGAAUUUGUACCUGCAAGUCUGCAUCCAGAAAUGAGAUUUUUCUAAGAGUAACAAAUACGAUCAGACAUCAAAAAACAAAACAAAACUUAAAACACUUUGGAGAACCCAGUCCUACUUAUGUACAUUUGUGGGGAUGGCCUUUGUGAGGAGAGUGAGAGCUGCUCCAUGUGUCUAGCUGACUAUGGGAAAUGUCUACUUCCUGUAGAUGCCUGGGUGAUGAUUACCCUUCUAAUCUGCUUGGUCUCUACUGCCUCUGCCUUGACCAUUCUGGUAUGCCAUCAUUUGGAUUGCCUCAUGAAGUGACCCAAGCUUGGAAGGAAGAGGCUUCUUCUGUUAGGCAUUCCAGUGUCUCUUGAGGAGCUAAUUACAGGGAAGCCUGAGAAUCGCUGUCUUUGCCCUUCAGAGUAUGCAGAGGAUGUUCAGCUUUGGAAACCAGCCACCUUUCUGUGAGAAAACCUGAACCAUCUCACACAGAGAGACCACAUGGAGAGGCCAUGUGGAAAGGAACUGAACCUCAAGCUGAGUGCCAGCAUCAACUGCCAGACACAAUAGAUCCAGUUUCCUACCUUUAACUCUGCUGUGAUGUUUUCCCUGAGUUCAACUGAUACAAAGGUCUCCAGUGAUUCUGAUGCACAGCAAGGGUCAAAUGUCCUGUCAGACAUUUGUGCUUCUGUUUUGAGAAUUUGCCUUUCUGGGCUGUGAGCCUAUUGAUGGUAGGGUCUUGCUCUCUGUGUUCAGCAUCAUUAUUAUAGUCAGCUGGAGCCUGACCCCAGGUCCAGAACUGUAUCCCCCACCCCCACCCCCCCCGCCCGGGGUGCCUCCCAUGCUGUAACAGGGACCCCAACACUCCAGAAUUUGGAAGAAGUCUGUGUCACGUAUUCUAAAAGUUAGAAACUCAAUGAAUACAAAUAUGUGUAGUAUUUUACCACCUCUGCCAUAUCCCCAUCCUUCUUCUGAAGGAAUGCAGUGUCUCCUUUUCUUUCCAAAUGUGUAUCUGAAUCUCUUUGCAGAUGUAUAUUUUGUCUUUGUUUACUGUUAUUUCCCUGGCUACAAAAAUAUACCCUUGGGUUACUUUUCAAGCGCAAUGCAUAAGUUUGUUUACUUAUGAACACAAGGGCCUCUCUCCCCUGUGAAUUCCAAAACAAUUUCUAGAAAGGAGAAAAGGCUCAAUGUAAACAGGGAACCCAGGAAACACUGGUGUGUGCAGAACUGAGCUGAAGUGAAGCAGGCACCCAGCUUCAGGCUGAUACAUGCUUCUCCCAUUUCUUGCAGCCUGUAAUUUAAGUCAGUGCAAAAGCCAACAUUCAAAAAUUUCUGAAUCUGUGGUCUUACUUCUACCACCACUGCCCUGCUUCUAACUAGGAACCCUACUACAUUUGAUGAAAGAGUGAAUGCAGAAACAAAUGAAGUGUGAUAUAACCCUGAAUGGCUACAUUCAGACACCUUUCGUCCAUGACAGGGAAAGUACUAAACCCACCUUAGAAUGGAAGAACCUGGAGUAGGAAGCUGGUGUGGACAUCAGAUAGCAGCCAGCGGAGGGUGGCUUUUCCUAGCCCUCAGAGGAAAGACGCUGUGGGUGGAGAAAAAAGACCCUGGGCAUUCUAGUUGGACGCACUUAGCAGGUUUGCCUCCUCUGAGAUGGAAGUUUUGCUCUAUGUCAGCUGACAAAGCACCCAAAGGAGGAGGGGGCAAGCAUUGUUCUUGAACAGGUGACACGCUGGAGCAGUUAGCAGAGUUCUGGGCGGGCUGGAGAGCUGGGUGCCUGAGUCUCUCCUCACCGAUGAAGCUCAGGGAGAUUGCUGUCCCUUCUUGGGGUACAUGAGUACAGCUGAAGCAGCCCAGCAGGACCCCGGUUUCUAUAUGCCACCUACAGCAUGUGCAUGUCUGUGUGUGCUGUAUAGUCUAAGCCUCUUUUUUGGGUUGUUUUUAAGGCUGUGCUAUGAUUUAGGACAAAGAGGAGAACAGAGGAGCUGGGCCUCACUGCAGAAGGCUGGCUGUAUGCACACAAUUACCUGGGAGAAUCUAUGCCAGUCCAGGAGCUAAUCUUCAGCCAAGGAUGGAUGCUUCCUCAGGGAGAGACUCUCACUAUCCCAGCUAACAGAAGCUAUAAACAAGCCUUGAAUACCCUUUGAUUAAUCAUAGUAAAAACUGUAAUAGAGCAGGAUGCUCCUAGAGAGACUAAAGUUGUGUUGUUUUUUUAAGUCCCUCUGCCCUGCCCAGAAUUGUGAGAUAGUCACUCUGGAAUCAUAGCAUCACUGUGCGGAUGCCGUGACUCCUGAGACUUACAAAGUCUUGACUAGAACUCAUGGUGCAUGUUCUGUGGAGGUGGAGAUGGCCUGGUGCUAUCCCGAGAGGAAACUGCCAAGUGGUGCCUUGUGGUGCUUUCUGGGGAGUGAGGUCCCACAGAGAGAUGAGGGGCUGCUACAUAGCUUCUUUCCUGUGCACAGGAUUGGUUUCUAUCAGAGGAAGUGUGAGUAGCCACUAAAUGAGUUUAGUCUAUGAAGGUGAAUCCAUGUUUAAACAAGGGCUGCCCUAACAGUUAUGUGUCCUUCCCCACCACCAUAACCUGAGAAUAAUUCCUUAUUUCCAAAGUAAACAAUGGAUCCCCAUUAGUGUCUUUACCUUGGUUUUCAUGAAUAACUCCUUUUCACUUCCAAGAAGACCUCCCCCAAAGCCAUUGUCAAGGGUGAAACUGUGAUACAGUGUCCCCUGGAUGGGAGCAGGAGUCCCAGAUGGCAGCUAGGACCCACCAAAGGAGUCUUCUGACUCCUCAGGAGUGUCUCUUCUAGGAGAAGCCCUGGGGCAGCCAAGAUUGAAGGAGCCAGCACUGCCUUGACUGGAGCCCGGGGGGUGGAGAGAAGGACCAGGUGUUUCCAGCAGCCUAUUGCCAAGUGUGCAGAAACAGACUCCCCGUUGUGUCUCUCCCGUUCCAGUGACUGAAGGGUCUCAUUAGUCUAUGCACACUAAUAGCUUUCUUUAGGGACAAUGAGGUCCUUGGGGAUGUGGAGGCUGGAGAGAAUCUGGAAAAGCUGAUGGAGUUUUCCAGGUUUCAUGGAGUGCAGCUUGAAUUUAUCCCUCCCUCCUGGUGCAACUCCAGCUGCCCUCACUGCUUCUUUGUAGUCAGUUGGGUUGUUUGUUUGUUUGUUUGUUUGUUUGUUUUUUAGCCCACCCUGAAAUCCUUGACAACAGGACAUUUUGACUUCAUUAAUAAGAAUGGACCGAGACAUAAGUGUAUUAAAGGGAGUAAAGUGAAUACAGAUGGGAGCUAGGAAAGAAUCACUUAAUGCCUACAAGGAAGCCAACAAAAUGUGCUAACUUAAACAGAAAGGGUAUGGUCAGCAGUUUCUGGCACUGAAAUACAUCAAGCUGUCUGGAAGGCACUGAGGCCUCCCACCGGUAAAGCCCUUAGGGCCCCUCUCCAUCUCUGGCUCUUUCCCUUUGCACCCCCUUUCCUUUCCACCAGCCCUAGGAUGUUUGCAAAGAGCCACCCUUUUAAAAGUGCUACUUCCUUUCCAAGAUUCUGGUCCUUUUAUUAUGGAAGGUGGAGUUCAUUGUCUCUGCUUCUUCCACAGAGUCCCCUGGUCCUGGAACACCACUUAAACUGAACAAGAGGAUGUUGCUGCACAAUUUUGCUCAGGCUUAAUUAUAAAGCCAAACCUGUCUGUUUAUUUUAGCUAGUUUGUCCCUUCUUGGUCACAAGAUGUCCCUGGGGGUGAGACAUCUGCAGCUGCGCCAGCCACAUAGGACAGGUUUCACCCCUGGCAUGCUGCUACCUCCCUGGCACAGCUGUUGAGGGAGGGGUGAAGAGUGAGUGAGUGCAUGUGUGAGGGUGCUGGUGGUGUUGGGUUCUCAGGGUUAGGGAGCAGGGCUCCCAGAAUCUAAAGAUCAAAUAACAGUCAAAUUAGUCAAAUUAGUGUGGGGCAACUAGUUCUGGGUCAUCCAUCUGCUCAGGGUAAGACCCCAGCCAGAGGUGGAAGUAUGCCUGGUACACAGGACUAUAAACUUGUGGGAAGAAUCUGUUCAGGUUUGGAAAUAAAGGAGUUGGAGGAAGGGCUUUUUUUCUUUAGCAGAUACUCACUGAGCAUCUACCAUGACUCUGGCUAUGCAAGAGUACUUUCUGUAUCUGCUUUCAUUUCAUGUCAAUCUGGAGAGACACCUUUAAUGAGGAGACUGAGGUUCUGAGGCACGAAACUGCUUGCCCAGGAUUACACAGUUGGCACAACCUCAGUUGUGGAGUCUCUUCUCCACCCACAUUGGGCUUAUAAUCACUUGUCCAAUAUGGUGAAACAUGAAGAAUGCCCUCAGAUGAACCAG